GUCUGUCUGCGUUUUCUCCCCCAGCUAUAAACCUCCAGCUAUACCCCCCGGCCGUUCUUCGCCAUGAACAUCUUCCGCUUCCUCGGCGACAUCUCCCACCUCGCCUCCAUCUUCAUCCUCCUCCACAAGAUCCAGACAACCCGCUCCUGCCGCGGCAUAUCAUUCAAGUCGCAGCUCCUCUACCUCGUCGUAUUCGUCACCCGCUAUGUCGACCUCUUUUUCUACCCCCUCAUAUCCAUCUACAACACCCUCAUGAAGCUCUUCUUCAUCGGCUCAACAGCCUAUGUGCUGUACCUCAUGAAGGUCAAGUUUAGACCAACCCACGACGCUUCACUGGAUACCUUCCAGCUCGCCUACAUCCUCGGCCCCGUCGCCGUGCUCGCCCUCAUCUUCAACUAUGAAUUCACCCCGUUCGAGAUCACCUGGUCAUUCUCCAUCUGGCUCGAAUCGGUCGCCAUCCUGCCGCAGCUGUUUAUGCUCCAGCGAACGGGCGAGGCCGAGACUAUCACCACGCACUAUCUUGCGGCGUUGGCGCUUUACAGGGGACUGUAUAUCCCCAACUGGAUGUACAGGUACUUCACCGAAGGCAAGUUUGACAGUAUCGCGGUGUCUGCUGGUAUCAUCCAGACCCUCAUCUACGCCGACUUUGGCUACAUUUACGUCACCAAGGUCUUGCGUGGCCAGAAGUUUGAGCUCCCCGCGUAAACGGCGUGUCAUGUUUUUGGAAACGUGUAAAACAGGUGAAAGGAGGCGCGAGAGCAGAUGAAUGGAUGGAAACGAAAGGCAGAGUGUAGAGGGCUAGAUGCCUACAGGAUGUUCCAGGCCAGUGAUACGGGACAAAACCGCAUGAAAUGAUUCCAAAGCGCAAUGAGAAUGCCACAAGGGGAGGAUGAAAGAUGUCGAGGUGUGCAAAAGAAGAGUACUUGCUCGGCGUGGACCAAGGAGAUGAGAAAAGGCAGCGAAACACUUGGAACCCAUGUCGAUGAUCCGCUCAUAACGUUGCUCCG